CCCCUCUCUCCCUCUCUCUCUCUCUCUAAAUUUUCUCAUAUAUAGCAGAAAGCAGAAUCCCAUCAUCACCAUCAUUACCCACAGGUACAGCCAUUAUUUAAAUGAAUCCACCAAUCGAAAAACCAGCAGAUUAAAUAAACCCUCACCACUCUUCUUCCUCAUCAAUCCCUAAUUUCUCCAACUGCAGAAAAAACAAACAAAAAAAAAAGAUGAGCCCAGAAGACACCCUGCGAUCCCUAUCGUUGGAUUAUCUCAACCUUCUGAUCAACGGUCAGGCAUUCAGUGACGUCACUUUCAGCGUGGAAGGCCGCCUCGUCCACGCCCACCGCUGCAUUCUGGCGGCGCGGAGCCUUUUCUUCCGGAAAUUCUUCUGCGGCGGCCCGGACUCUCCUGCCGCCGGCACAGGUUCGCCCCGCGGAGCAACAGGCGGCGCCGCCGCCGCAGCAGCUCAAGUGAUUCCGGUGAACACUGUAGGGUAUGAGGUAUUCCUACUCAUGCUUCAGUUCUUGUACUCUGGGCAAGUCUCGAUUGUACCUCAGAAACACGAGCCACGCCCUAAUUGCGGGGAAAGGACGUGCUGGCACACGCAUUGCUCCUCCGCCGUCGAUCUCGCCCUCGAGACGCUCUCAGCCGCUAGAUCUUUCGGCGUCGAGCAGCUCGCUUUGCUCACUCAGAAGCAAUUGGUAAGCAUGGUGGAGAAGGCAAGCAUAGAAGAUGUAAUGAAGGUUCUAGUAGCUUCUAGAAAACAAGAUCUGCCUCAACUCUGGACCACCUGCUCCCAAUUAGUUGCAAAGUCGGGACUCCCGCCGGAGGUCCUGGCCAAGCACCUCCCCAUCGACGUCGUCGCCAGAAUCGAGGAGCUUCGCCUCAAGUCCUCCAUGGCCCGCCGCUCCCUCAUCCCUCACCACCAUCACCACCACCACCACCAGGACCUCACCGCCGCCGCCGACCUCCACGAGCAGAAAAUCCGGCGGAUGCGCCGCGCCCUGGACGCCUCCGACGUGGAGCUCGUGAAGCUUAUGGUUAUGGGGGAAGGCCUCAAUCUCGACGAGGCUCUCGCCUUACAUUACGCCGUCGAGAAUUGCAGCCGGGAAGUCGUCAAGGCUCUGCUCGAGCUCGGCGCCGCCGACGUCAAUUUUCCGGCGGGGCCCUCCGGGAAGACCCCUCUCCAUGUCGCGGCGGAGAUGGUGUCGCCGGACAUGGUGGCGGUCCUCCUCGACCACCAGGCCGACCCCAACGGUAGAACCGUCGACGGCAUUACGCCGCUCGAUGUUCUCCGGACGCUGACGUCAGAUUUCCUGUUCAAAGGAGCCAUUCCGGGGCUGAGCCACAUCGAGCCCAAUAAGCUGCGCCUCUGCCUCGAAUUGGUCCAAUCGGCGGCAAUGGUCAUGUCCAGGGAGGAGGGCAACGCCGCCGCGCCGGCUUCCGCCGCCGAGAUUUAUCCUCCGAUUAGCGACGACGGCGGUGGCGGGGGUAAUAUUAAUGUUGAUUCCAGAAUGGUGUAUCUGAAUUUGGGAGCCCAGAUGGGCGCCGGCGCCGGCGACGGAGAUGGCAGUAGCAGCCAUGGGCGGCGGCGCGCCGCUUCAAUGUACCAUCAUCAUCACUCAUCACAUAAUCAGUAUUAAUUGAUCGACUCAAGGUUCUGUCCUUGGCUGUACGUCUCUCUCUCUCUAACUUUCUCUUUCUAUAUAUAUAUAUAUUUAUGUAUGUAUAUGUAGAAGAAAAUGAACAUGAGAGGCGGUUGAUUAAUUUUGAUCAGUGGUUCUAUU